AUGGAAGUCAAGCACAACGACUGCUUCAGCGUCAACCUGAUUAAGUACUUUGGGCUUCCCGCUGUUUCGCGGCAAGUCCAUCAAGCGUGGGAUUUUGUGAAUCUUUAUUCCACAACGCGCGGCUGCAAUCGUUUCAAAGCGAUCCUCCUUGUCUGUGACCUUCUUCGGGAGAUGCCGAAAGUUCAAAAGGCUGGUGUUUCGGUCCCCGAUUUUCCGUAUCUUAGGGAAUGGUCAGAAACGGAAACCAAACUCGGUAAUCCCACGCUUGAGGCAGUGAUUGAGAAUACAACAGGAGCGCAGCGGGAGGAGUUGAGCCAAGUGUUUAAGUGGAGCCUUGCUGUGAACGAGACUAUUGCUGAGAUUGUCCACAAUCUGCCGCCUUUCUCCGGCGUCCGUGAGACGCUGCAAAGCCUACAGGACCGCGCUGAUGCGAUUGUGGUUUCAGCGACCCCCAACGAGGCACUCAGACGGGAAUGGACUGAACACAACAUCGACCAAUAUGUCGCGGUGAUUGCAGGACAGGAGAUGGGAUCCAAAACGGAGCAUCUCACGUUGACAGCAAAAGGGAAGUAUCCAUCGGAUCAUAUCCUAAUGAUUGGCGACGCUCCCGGCGAUUUGAAAGCCGCUCGGGACGUCGGUGCGCUGUUUUUCCCGUCAAUCCUGGAUACGAGGAGGAAUCGUGGGAACGUCUCGUGGAUGUGGGAAUGGAUAAGUUCUUCAACAACGAAUGAAGAAUUGAAUCAAAUCAUCCGGGAUGCUGCGGGUGAGGAAGAUACCGUCGUAUUUGCAAAUUCAGAGGAAGAGUAUGUCAGGGAAGCUGCGGACGCAGAAAUCCUUUUUGGUGGAUGUAGUGAGGAACUGUUCAAACAGAUGUCGAAUCUGAAAUGGAUUCAGUCCUCUAGCGCAGGGAUGGACAGUACGCUGUAUCCUGCCCUCGUAAAUAGUGAUGUUAUUUUGACAAAUGCUGCGGGGUUGUAUGGCUCUCACGUCGCGGAUCAAGGUUUCGCCCUGCUGCUUGCUAUCGCAAGGGGUAUAGACCAAUUCACCCGUAAUCGGGAUCAGCGUAAAUGGAGCGGUGGGAGACCCAUGAUCGAGAUUGGCGGCUUCACGAUUGGUAUCGUUGGCAUGGGCGGGAUUGGUCAACACAUGGCAAGGCGCGCCAAAGGCUUUGAGAUGUACGUUAUCUCUGUUGAUGCCUACCGCACAGAUAAGCCGGAUGUGGUUGAUGAACUGAUGCCAAUUGAUCAACUACCUGACCUCAUGAGUCGCGCAGAUGUGGUGAUGAUUGCAUGUCCGCUCACAGAUGAGACGCGGGGCUUAAUCAAUGCUGAAAAUCUCGCAUUAAUGAAGCCGACUGCCUAUUUCAUCAAUGUUGCUCGCGGCCCAAUUGUUGACGAACCAGCCCUCAUUGAAACUCUGAAACAGAGAAAAAUUGCUGCCGCAGGGUUGGAUGUCACCGAAAUUGAACCGCUCCCGCAGGAUAGCCCUUUGUGGGAUAUGGACAACGUGAUCCUCACGCCGCACGCUGCUGGGGGUUCACAGCAUCGCCCACGCCGUACUAUCGAAUUUUUCUGCGAUAAUAUCCGGCGAUAUAAAGCGGGCGAGCCACUACAGAAUGUGGUUAGAAAAACGCUUGGAUUUUAG